AUGGAUUUAGAAAAGUCGAAAUCACGCCAACCAGAAGACCAAUGGUUUACAAGAAACACCUUUGUUCGCCUUACUUUACUCGCUCUACUCAUAUUCUUGAGUGUUGCUUUGACCUUAUCGCAUUUCUUCACACCACUGGAAAACACUCAAUCUAACCUUCCUUUGGGGGGCUUCCUUAGUAAACCACGGGGUCAGGAAAUAUGUCGCCAAUAUGAUUACAAGUACCCUCAAUCAUACAUCAAAGACAAUUCGACUGUGUUGAACAUUUUAUUCAAUGAGACGUUCCGCAAUCAUUCGGCCCAAAAGCUAUCGCAAGCAGUUCAAAUUCCAACUGACGUUUACGAUGAAGACCCUUCAGUGGAGAAGGACCCACAGUAUUGGAAUGAUAAGUUUACACCAUUCUAUGACUAUUUAAACAAGACGUUCCCCAUUAUUUUCACUCAUUUACAAGUUGAACUAGUUCACUCACAUGCAAUUGUCGUCACUUGGAAAGGAAAGGAAGCAGAGUCGGACUUGAAACCAAUUUUGCUUACUGCUCACCAAGAUGUGGUGCCUAUACAGAAAUCAACAUUGGACCAAUGGACUUAUCCCCCAUACGAUGGAGUUUAUGACGGGGACAAGCUAUGGGGCCGGGGUUCAUCUGAUUGCAAGAACUUGUUGAUUGGCUUGCUAGAGUCACUUGAAGAACUAUACAAAUCGGGGUUCAAACCGAAACGAACUAUUAUUCUUGGAUUCGGAUUUGAUGAAGAAGUGGGUGGAGAACGUGGAGCUCAACGUAUUGGCCAAUUUCUAACUCAACGAUAUGGCAAUGAUUCAUUUUAUGCUGUUAUUGAUGAAGGUGGUCAAAGUGUUGCCUAUGAAGAAGGAGUGAUUUUGGCAUUACCCGGUACAAGUGAAAAGGGAUCAACCGACGUGGUUGUGGGGAUAAACACUCCUGGUGGCCAUUCAUCAGUUCCCCCAUUGUCUCAACACACAUCAAUUGGAUUAAUGGCUAUCCUUAUUGAAAGUUUGGAAAAGGAUCACUUCCAGCCAAUUUUCUCACCUGGUAACCCAACAUUUCACGAAUAUCAAUGUAUCGCCAAAUACUCACCCACACUAUCACACAGGAUCAAGAAAAGUUUACUCAAUGCCGAUAAGUCACACAGGGCCAAUAAACAAGCUACUCAUUGGCUUUACAAUAAAUCGUUGCUCAGUCGUUACUUGAUCACUUCAACUCAAGCAGUUGAUAUAAUUAAUGGAGGAGUCAAGUCGAACGCGUUGCCCGAAUACGUCGAAGCCGUAAUCAACCAUCGUGUUGCCGUUGAAUCAACAGUCGAUGAAGUUUAUAACCAUGAUUUGUACCAUGCUAAGCGUUUAGCUAAAAAGUUCGAUUUAGGAUUGAUUUCUGAGGGUGAUAUCCUUCGUAAUGAGACCAAGAAUGGCAAGAUCACGAUCCACAAAGCUUCUCAGUUGGAACCGGCACCAAGUACGCCUACCGUAGGUAAAGUAUGGGAACUUUUUGCCGGCAAUAUAAGACACAUUUAUGAACAAUUAGUACCCAGUGGCAACAGCAAACUGUGUUAUUCAAAACCUGCUUCAGAUGAUGAUAAUGUUGAUGUUGUUGGUGGUGGGAAACAAGUCAUUGUUGCACCUGGGAUAGCUACCGGUAAUACAGAUACUAGAUAUUAUUGGAACUUGACCAAGAACAUUUUUAGAUAUAGACCUGGGUUGUUCACAACUGUGGAAUCGCAUGCACAUGGAGUUGAUGAGUUUAUUCGUUUUGAUUCACAUUUACAGAUAAUUGCAUUUUAUUAUGAAUAUCUACAAUUGAUUAAUGAGGAAGACAAUUUGUGA